AUGGUGAAGAAGGCUUCAAAGCGCCUCCACUUCCACACGGCCCUUAAAAGACGUCUACCACAGCAGGACCUGUUGACCACACUCCACACUGGUGAGACCGUGUCUGGAGUUUGGGAGAGUCCUUCUGUAAUAAAAAGGAAGCAGCAGAGCUGGAGAGAGUGCAGGAGAGGCCCCUGUGCUCUGGAGCUGCCAUCACCGCAGAGCAGGAGAGAGGAGGCCGCAGUAACUUGGUCCCAAACAUGGGUCACAGUGAGCACCCAGUACAUGAGCUCCUCCCCAAGACCAGAGGACAGAGCUCGCAGAGACAUUUGA